AAAUUUCUGGCGACUAUUUGAAAACGCUAGUUGCUGGAACAGUUUGUGAAGUGUAUCCUGCACGUGUGGUUUUCUUUAGUAAGUUAUUAACUCAAACAGAGCCAUGACGGAAUGUUCCUUUUGUGGAGGAACAUGCAGCGAUUAUUCCACUCUUGCCACCAACUAUCUCUACAGAAGUGUCGUGGAGAAACACUUUGGGUUCGAGGGCCAGUUGGAUCAUUUAUCAAUAUGUUCAAUUUGCUGGACGAAAGUCCACGAUUUCAACACCUUCUACAACGGAGUGAAACAGCGUGCAUGUAUUCGACAAAUAAUGGGCGACUCUUCACUUGACGCUGAAUUUCUCCAAGACGAAGUCGUUGUAAAAAUAGAAAAGAAUGGAGCAUUUGAUGAUGAUUCUUCGAAUAUACCGUCUCAAAACGACGAUAGCGAAGAGCAACCUUCAUCGGAUGAGCUGCAAGUAAAGCCAACGAAAAAGCGUCGUCGCAGAAUGAACCUUCGUGGUGCAGUGGGCAGCGCUGGAGUGGAGUAUGAACGGGACACUACAUCUCCUGAAACGAUCCAAAAACGUGCUAAUGCCCCGCGGAUCAGGGCGGAGGAUGUUGCGGAACGUUUCUCCUUGCAAUGUCGCGUGUGUGAUCUGCCCUUUGAUACGUUCAAACUUCUGCAGGAACACUCCUCUACCACGCACGGUGUCGCUGCAUACGUAGAGUGUUGUGGUAGAAAGUUCAACAAUAUCACCACAGUCCGCGAGCAUAUCCUUUUCCACCGCGAUCCAACGGCUUUCCGGUGUACCGAGUGCACCAGAUCGUUCUCAUGCAUCCGCUACCUUAACCAGCACAAAUGCCGGACGACUAAUUAAAUUAUUUUUCUACAUGAUCGUUACUACGAAACAGCCCGGAUGAUGCUGUAAACCAACGGGGAAAAGAUAUUACCGACUAUAGUUCUAUAUAGUUCGUUCAAAAAGGUUGGCCAACCAGUGAGAAAUCAUAAGAGAAUUCGAAUCUAUGAGUAAUCAAUAAAAUGAAACUCAAAUUUACCCUUUUAUUAAUGGUAAUAUAAUACGAAGAUCGCCUUUAUCGUCUCUUUAUUUCUUUGCCAAAAUGAUUUUUGUCCCCCACGUGGUUUUGUUGCUUUCUGCUUCAAUGUUUGCAAACUUUACGAUUCACUACGAUUAAAAGACGAAGUUAGUAGAGUAGAAUAUAAUGCUUCGUGUGUGCAUUAUAUACGGUUUUAGGUCCCCCUCCCCUCCCCAAACCCAGACACAGACCCGCCCCCGGGGGUCCAAGGAUCGCACAUUCGAACUUACAAACUAACGAUAAACACUAGCUGAUUGAGACACGGAUACAUGAACUCGUUUCUCCUGUAGGAUGACUUUUGUGCGCCGAAUGCCCUAGUUGUCGCACCAUAUACACCUAGAACGGCAAAGCUAUACCGUGCGCCACAGUAAGGUAACGCCGAACGGACCGAAUGAUUAGUAGUUGGAUUGAUUUUAAAAUGAAAAUUCGAAAGUAAAACCUCAAACUCGCCCAUUAACGGACUGACUAUAACUGACCUGAAGGAUUGAAUGUUAUUGGUUGGUAUAUUGAGUCUGUUACACACUUAGCGACUAGCACACAUAAUACAACAUACAUAGGGCGCAAAUAGGGAAGGUUAUUAGGGAACGGUACCUAAAACAUAAAUCACACCGCUACAAAUGGACUGCACUAAAAGAUCGGUUAGCAAAAUGGGGACAAAAAAGAAACAUAAAUCCAUCGGUGGGUUCAAAAAGGUAUCUUUGAGUUGCCAUGGUAGCUCGCGCAUCUUUGAUACUUAACGCAAUAUUUUACUACUAGAGGUAACCUAAGACGAAUGGCAUCCAGUAUCGUU